GUUUAACGAUGAUAAAUCAAACUUUAAAUUUGUAAUCAAAUAGCACCUGUCGUGACCCCUCCUCAACAACUUAGAUAGUACUUCAUCAUAGGAGAAUGAGCAUCAUCAACGGAGUCAUGAUACACAUACACUGCAUCACAUUGGCCUGUAAACAUAAACAACAGCAUAAAUAUUAAAUAAACAUAGGUGAAACUCUAGUUCCUCGCAGUUAUGAGCGAAAAUUCAAGCAAAUCCAGUUCCUGUUCUCGUCCUCCAAGACCGCUACUAAGUGGCCGAGACAUGUUGCAACACCACGUUGGGAAUUACGAUUUCCACACCCGAAUUCAUCGGCUGACCCGAUCGGAAGAUGAAGCCGAACAUCAAGAUCACAUUUCUAAGAUUAGAGAUGACUUUCGGCGAAUCCUUGAGCAGCAGCGUGUCGGUAAAGCAGAAACAUAUUCCGAAGGCGAAUGGGACAACAAUAGAAAGCGCGUUAGUAUUCGCAGAGCCGUAGGGAAGUGGCAUAUCUACGGUUACCUAGAGGACAAGAUCCGCUACCUGGAUGGGUAUGAAGCUCUGCAUCUGUUGGAAAUGAACAGAUUAAUUGUCUAUUGGGAUACGGUUGUAAUCUCCUUGCAACAGGCAUAUGGCCUAUUUCUCGGUUACCCAGAAUCGCUAACCUUGGAACAAUACCAGGUUUACAGUAUACUGAUGAGAGCUGGCUACUAUGUGUUAAAGUGCGAUUCCAAUCGGAAGUAUCAAGCCGUGGAUAGCUCUCUGGAGAGGAAGCUGAGUGUAGAGGAGAAAUGUGUUUGGCAGAACUUAUACCAUAUUCUGAGGCAGCCACAUCCGCUGGUGGAGGAAGUAGAACUAGACUUGAACGCCGCUAUGCAUAAUAAAGUACGAGAAUCGAUGCAGAAUUUAAAUUCCACAAUCACAAUGCAGCAAGAACCAAGACCAACUGACGAAGAACACACGAUGGCUGAAUACAAUUCAGAGAAACGCAACCGUUCUGAUUCAGACCAUGAUGAGGAUCAUCGAAAGCGGGUUAAAACCAACGAUUCACUUUCCAAAAAAGAGACUGAUAAAAAAUCAAGACUUGAUAGCUUUAUCGAUCUGUUUGCCAGUUUUGACGUAGUGAAAAGUGCAAUUGGUACAACUCCACCAGUUGAUGAAGACCAAACAACGUUGAGGCUUCAUUUUGAUGUGUUCCCCAGUGACGGUUCAGUUUUCCGGAAAAGUCAACCUGUAAUUCCCGAAUAUCGCAUAAUCGUACGGCUAUCCAAUGAACCGCUUUUGACGGCCAAAGACAUUGCAGUGCUAUACCAGCGGCAACCAAAACCGGAAGUGCCUAUUCUGCUGAUGCAGGUAGCCGAAACGCUGUCGAUUCACUGCUUCCUAUACAGUUUCUAUCGUUUGCCGGGGAAUUUGAUAACCACUGCAGCAGCUUGUACCCACCAAAGUCGGGUGGACCGAAGCAAAGAAGAGGAAGCCGUUUGCGAUAGCUCGGAUGACGAUUAACCUCACGGUAAGUGCAGAUUGUUGGAAAUGUUUAACGUUUGAAUAGAUUUUAU